AUGCUGCAAUUAGUGCAAGACAUGAAUAACGGGAAGGAGAAAGACGUUAACGUUUCACAGCAGGAGCGUCGAGAAAUAACAAGACCGUAUUUGUUAACUUACAAACAAGAUGGCGGUGGUUGUGGUUAUCACAGGAUGUUUUAUCCAUGCUAUAUUGACCUUGGGAAAGCAGCUAGGGAGUUAUUCACAAAGGGAUACAAUUUUGGCUCCCUACGAGUAGACACAUGUUCGAGAUCAGGAGAAAAUCAGGAAGUCGAGUUUUCUAGUGCCGCUGUACACACUAUUGCUACAGGAAAACUUGCUGGAAAUUUCGACGUCAAAUAUCGUAUACCUUCGUAUGGUGUGGUUCUGACGGAGAAAUGGAAUACGGAAAAUUUAUUGGGUACAAUUGUCGAAAUACAGGACCGCUUCGCUCGUGGUUUGAAACUUACGCUAGACUCGUGGUAUGCGCCACAUAAUGGCAAGCGAUCAGGUCGGGUGAAAGCUGAGUGGGUGAACAGGAAUGUUACGUGUAAUCUUGAUGUUGGUUUGGAUACCGGUCCUCAGAUCAGUUUUUCUGGGGUCACUGGUUUGCAUGGGUGGUUGAUGGGAGUACAGAGCGCAUUUGACGUUUCGAGCAGUCAGCUCAAGAGCCUUAGCUUCGCAUUUGGAAGAGUAGGAACAGAUUAUGUUUUGCAUUCAUAUGUGAACGAUGCACGAGAAUUCGGUGUGGGAAAACUGAUUUCGAGACCUGGUAAUGUGAUGACCAGCAUAACGCUUCGAGGGGCUUUAAAGAAUUUGGAAAUUGGUGCUAUGUUUAGCUGGAUGACGGGUGAACCAGGCGCUCGUUUCGGUUUGGCAAUGAAGUACUGUCCCACACAUGAUCUAGAAUUGAAAGCUAAAGUCGGCCAUGACUCAAAACUUGCUUUUGCACUCACGCAUCACCUCUCAAAACGGUUGAAUUUGACGCUUUCAUCACAGUUCGGAAUGGCAUCUUUCACUGAAGGACAUAAAUAUGGAAUUGGCUUGAACUUCCAUCCAUGUUGUUGA